AUGGUGUCAGUAGAAGGAAACAAUGAACCAACGCCUCUCACUCCAGUGGAAGCUGGGCCAUCUAACCCACAGUUUGUGCCUCAAACGAGCAUGCAUUCAACAUUAGUUUCAGACGAUGAACGGACAGUUAUAAACAAUCAAAAGGUACUCAGAAGAGAUUUAAAAAGACCAUCCGAGGGUGAGUUCAACCCGGGAUACAGUGCUUGGCCUCAGCAUAAAUGGGGAAAUGCAUCGGCAGUUGGAUUGGCUGCGUUUGCAUUGACUGCUUUUGCUGCUGGAUUGAUCUUGGCUCGAGCAAUGGGUAUUACUACGUUGAAUGCGGUUUUAGGUGCAGCAGUAUUCUACGGAGGAGUGGUGCAAUUCAUGGCUGGUCUUUGUGAACUUUUCAUUGGUAAUACCUUUGCUGCAACAGCAUUUGUUAGCUAUGGGAGCUUUUGGAUGUCAUUUGGAGCUAUAUUCAUCCCCACUUUCGGUAUAAUACAAGCCUAUGGAGGUGCUGAUACUGCUGAAUUUGGUAACGCAGCAGGGUUUUUCAUGCUUGGUUGGGGUAUUUUCACAUUUAUGAUGUUGCUUUGUACACUCAAGUCAACAUGGCCAUUUGUUUUAUUGUUUUUCACUUUGGACUUUGGAUUCUUUUUACUCGCAGCUGGCUUUAUGAGACAAAGCGUUCGCUGUAUCCGAGGUGGUGGUGUUUUGAUUGUGAUCAGUGCAUUGUUUGGUUGGUAUAGUUGCUUUUCUGGAGUUUCCAAUCACUUCAAUAGCUACUUUGUAUUCCCGACAUUGCCUUUACGAGUAUUCCAUAACAAAACGAAAACCUUACCUAGUUAA